ACACAAUAAUGAAGAACAUCUUAGGUUUCGUUAUAUCGACGGUAGACGAUACCAUGAUGUUUCUAAUUCAGAAUAUAUGAUUCCGAAUGAUGAUGAAGAGGCUGAUCGUUUAUUGCAAGUUCAUAAAGCGGUAAAGAAUAUUUGGGGAGAUUUAUUUUAUUCGCCGGUUAAAGAGAAGUUGAGACAGGGAGCUGAAGUUGUUGAUGUUGGAUGUGGACCGGGAGCAUGGGUUUUGGACAUGGCGCAAAAAUAUCCCAAUUCAAACUUUGUAGGAAUAGAUUUUUCACCAAUCUUUCCAACAGAAGGUCUUCCUGUGAAUGUAAAAUUCGUUAGAUGUAACUUACUAGACGGUUCACCUUUUGAAGACGCCUAUUUUGAUUUUACACACCAAAAAUUUAUGUCUGUAUCAUAUACAGAAGAGCAGUGGAAAGAAAAAGUUAUUCCUGAAUUGUUACGAAUAACGAAACCAGGCGGAUGGAUUGAAACUGUGGAAGGUGAUGUUAUUAUACAUGUAAAUUCUAAUAAUAAUGCUGUACGACGUAUUGCAAUUGGGAUGGAGAAUUACUUUAAAUCAAGAGGUAUGAAUCACCAAAUUGGCGAAUUUAUUCCUCAACUUCUUGAAAAUACAAAUGCUUUCUCAGAAAUUAGAAAGGAGAAAAAAGUUGUCACUUUAAGUAAAAAAGGCGGUAAUACUGCUCAAGAGCUUCAUUUAGAAAAGGAUACAGCUCUAUUAGGAUCUUCUUGGCUUCCUCGAUGA